GUAACAACUAAAUCAUCGGAUGAUGUGAAACAUGAGCAGAUUAAGAUUUUUAUAAGUCCAAGGCCUGGUAAAGAAUCCUUAAAUGAAACCACUGAGAUUAAAUGUUGUCUUGUGAGAAACAUGGAAGAGAGGAAGAAAGAGUAUGACAGGGCACGAGCUCGAAUUUUUAGUAGUCUGAGUAGUAGUAGUCUUGAUUCGGUACAUACAAUGUCUCGGGCCCCUUUAGAGGGGAAGAAUAUGUGUUUCAGUGGAGAUGAUAGUGAAGCUUUAGGUGAAAACCUUAGCAGCAGGGAUAGUGGUACUCCUUCUCGAGUAACUAUUUUCAGAGACAGUCAAAAGGAUCGCAUUGACCUAGAUUAUGANCUGUUGAUCCCACACUCUGCAAUGUUUGUGAUGAUACCCGACCAUUCGACAGUAUCACGAUCGUGCUUGGCGGAGAUUUCUGUCAAAUACUACCAGUGA